GUCAUACCUCGAUUUACAAGUUUAGGUUAAAAACGGCAUUGGCACUUUGCGUUUGCUAAUGAACAGGUGUACAUCGCUGUGUAAAAUUAUAUUAGAUAUAAAUAUUAUAUAAUAUAUUUUAUACUCGCGUAAUGUGCCUAUACUAAAUUCUAAUGUUAUCUUAUUGCUCGUAUAACCUCACUUUAGGUGAAUAUUUGUGAAUGAAUAGUGGUGUUCAUUGAACGAUAUCAGGCAAAAUGUCUAGAAAGGCUGUAGCAACAACUUUAAACCGUAGUUUACAAUUAUUAAGACCUAAAUUGCAUUGCUUUGGGCGUAUUAAGUACAAUCGUUUACAUACUACAGUAAAGGAAAUUAAAAUACCAGUACCAUGGGGUCAUGUCUCUGCAAAACUAUGGGGACAGGAAAACCGGCGACCAGUUUUAGCACUUCAUGGGUGGCAAGACAACGCUGGCACCUGGGAUCCACUUGCACCUAUGAUCAGUGAUAAACUACCGAUUCUUGCAAUCGAUUUCCCUGGCCACGGCCACUCGUCGUGGAUUCCACCAGGGUUUCAAUAUUAUCCCUGGGAUCUACCAAGAUUAAUACUCACGAUCAGAGAUUACUUUAAAUGGGAUAAAAUUUCAAUCCUAGGACAUUCCAUGGGUUCCAUAGCUGGGAUGCGAUUCGCCUGCGUAUUUCCAGAUGAUGUCGACUUCUAUAUAGCAGUGGACAGUCUUAUUUACGAUGACUACGACUUGAACCAAGUAGUGGAAAGAUUCCCUAAAAUAUUACGAAAAAUACAGUUAGCCCAAACUCGCCUUAAUGACGAACCUCCAGCAUAUACCAUGGACGAGAUUAAACAAAAAUGGUAUUUAGGUACAAACAAAUCUGUGGCAUUGGAAAGUGUGCAGUACCUCGCCGAACGCGGUUUAAAGGCGUCCUCGACUGACCCAAAUAAGUUUUAUUUCAAUAGAGAUGCUCGGCUAAAAAGCAUACUUUUUAAUCCCGAAAAUAAAUUAUUAGUAGAGACACUUGUCAAGCGCUUAAAGUGUCCUACUCUAUAUUUCAAAGCGAUAGACUCACCUUACGCAUCAGACAAGUAUUCUGUGGAAAUGCGAGAAGUGGUUGAAAGGAAUAAUGCGAAAUUUGAGAGCCAUUUUGUCCCAGGAACACAUCAUGUCCAAUUAAAUAAUCCUGAGAGAUUAGCACCGACUAUUAUAACCUUUUUACAAAAGUAUAACUUUAUAUAAUCGUUACUAUUCUAUAAAGAAUAUAACAUGAUAUAUUCUAUUCAUGCAUCAUCUCAGUACUAAAUGAUAAAUGGAUACUCAAACUAUUCAAUGACUAAUGAUACACUUUCUAAUUAUUAUACCCUGCAAUCAAAAUCGAUUGAGUAAGGUUUUUGAAUUUGUAAAUAAAUUACAAUUUGUUAUGAAUUUCUGCAAAUGCAGGGUUUUAAUUAGAAUUUACUUGAAUUAUGUUAGUUUAUUACCUUAUUUUAAUUUGAAAACGUAUUUAUUUAUUUAUGACGUUAAAGCAUGUAAUACAUUUAGGCAAUAUUAAAUAUAAGUAGUGCACAAAUAUACCAAAUAGUGAUGACACAAAACACAGUACAGACAACCCUUGAAAAUAUUUGACUAAAUUAACUAUUAUGAUAAAACUACCAUCAAUUAUUGUCAAAUACACAUUUUAAUCAACAGCGGUUAACAGGAAAAUAAUUUACAUUUUUGCUAGACUUAUUUUGUUCAUGCACAACAGUAUCAAUUAUUCCUGUUAAAAUAAAAUUGAAAGGUGUUCUAAAACUUAAUCUCAUGCCAAAAAUAUUAUAAGGAAGAUAAUGUAAAUACAUAAUAACAUAAUAUUUACCUUAGUCUAUAUUAAUAAUACUUCUGUCAUUGUGUAACUAUUCUG